AUGGUCUGCGACAAUUCCCAAAAUGAUACGCUUGUAGAUUUCAUUGCAGGACUUUCAGCCAUUGCUCCAGCUAUUGGUCGCUGGUCGUGGCGAAUAUGGCAGCAGCUGGUCUUUCUUUUUCUAUUCUUUAUCAUCAAUCAUUGUUCUGUGCUUCUUCUUCUUCUUUCCUUAGUUCUAUCACGCGUCAACUAUUUUUUGCAGAGUCUUUUUCUACUUCUUUUUAUAUUUUUCAUGUUUCGCUUUCUUUUCAACUUUCAGAUUUUCUUUUCAUAUUCUAUUUCCUUUCACUUUCGUUUCUCUUUUAAUGUCUUUCGAAUUUCUGAUUUCGUUAAUCCCACACAAACUUUUCUUUUUUCUUUCUUUAUUCAUCAGUCCUUUCUUUUUCUUUCUUUCUUUAUUUUGAUACUUACCUGUUUCUUUUUCUUCUCAUUUUCUGUUUCCUCUUUAUUUCUCAUCUUGCUCUUAUUACAUGUUUCUUUUUCCUUUCCUUUAUUAUUUAAUUUCUAUUUCUUAUUUUGCUCUCAUUUCAUUGUUUCUUUUUCUUUUCGUUUUCUAUUUCCUUUCUGUUUUUAUUUUGCUCUCAUUUCAUUGAUUCCUUUUUCUUUUCGUUUUCUAUUUCCUUUCUGUUUUUAUUUUGCUCUCAUUUCAUUGUUUCUUUUUCUUUUCGUUUUCUAUUUCCUUUCUUUCCUUUCUUAUUUUAAUCUCAUUUCAUUGUUUCUUUUACUUUCAUCGUUUAUUUCAUUUCUGUUUCACAUUUUGCUCUCAUUUCAUUGUUUCUUUUGCUUUUUUUAUUUCCUGUCUAUUUCUUAUUUUGCUCGGAUUUCAUUGUUUCUUUUUCUUUUCUUUUUAUUUCCUUUCCAAUUUAAUUUUGCUCUCAUUUCCUUGUUUCUUCUUCUUUUCAUCUUUUAUUUCUUUCCAUUUCUUAUUUUUUCUUUCAUUCAUUUUUCUUUUUCUUUUCAUCUUUUAUUUCCUUUCUAUUUCUUAUUUUGCAUCCAUUUCAUUGUUUCUUUUUUCAUUUUAUAUUUUCUUUCUGUUUCUUAA